UGUUUGCCUGAGAAAAAGCAGUCUUAAAAUGGAUCAAUGGCGAUUCUAAUCCUCUCCUCCUCCUUCUCUCUCUCUAAAAACGUUGUUAAUAUUUCUCUCUACUUUACGUCGCGAACCACAUCACCGAUCAUCGCUCGGUGAGCCUCAGAUUAGCGGAUCCUCUGGUUCGGUUUUGCACGUCGAAGAUUAGCGAAAGCUAUUGUCUUGGAUCAGGGUUGUUGAACUAAUGGAGUCUUCUAAAGAGAUAGGAUGCAGAGCUGCAGAAGGACCAAUCCUUUGCCUUAACAACUGCGGUUUCUUUGGAAGUGCAGCCACUAUGAACAUGUGUUCAAAAUGUCACAAAGACAUGAUUUUGAAACAGGAGCAGGCCAAACAAGCAGCUUCUUCUAUUGAUAACAUUGUUAAUGGAGGAGGAGGAUCAUGUAGCAAUGGAAAAGAACCUGUUAUCACCGGCGGCCCUGUAGACGUGCAAGCUGAACUGGUGGUGGACAUGAAGAUUGUAGCCUCCCCUAGCAUUAGUUUAGAAGUGAAAGCAAAAGAGGGUCCCAGUCGAUGCAGCUCUUGCCGAAAGCGUGUUGGGCUAACAGGUUUCAGUUGCAAGUGCGGAAACCUGUUUUGCUCUGAUCAUCGCCACUCUGACAAGCACGAUUGCCACUAUGAUUACCAGACUGCUGGUCGGGAUGCUAUAGCCAAGGCUAACCCUGUUGUGAAGGCUGCGAAGCUUGAUAAGAUAUAAAAAGGGGGGGUGGGGUUGUUUGAAGCAGGUUUGGUUCAUGCAUUGAAAUAUAAUAGUUUUUCAUUUGUCUUGGUGUGUGUGUUCGCCAUAAGUUGGCCUCAUAUCUUUGCUAGGUCUCCUCCCUCCGGUUAGUAAAAUAUUAAUGGUUUGUUGAAAUAGAACCAGGAGGACAUCUUUGCUGGCCUGUGAACUCUCAUGAACGGUUGGGUUUGGAAAAUGAUUAUUAUGUUUCUGGCUCCAAUGUUGGUCUCUCUAUCUGUACUGCCUUGAUGACAACUUUUAAUAUUUCAUAUUUCAUAAUCUUGCCAUCGGGUGGUUCAGUAAUUCUCUUGUAGUGUAUGUCAAUAAUAUCGUCCUGCGCAGUUUGGCAAUGUAUGCAAAUGCUUUUGU